UUUUAUGAUUUCCGGUGUAACUUUUUUUGUUGAUGAAAAGUUUGCAAUUCGAGAAGCCUAGCCAACCCAAGGAGGUGUAGGCCAGUUUGGCUGUGUACGAUGGUAAAAGAAUCAACCAUCAGAUAAUCAUAGUUAUAUUUGCUAUGUUGCGGAUGAUGAAGUUCAGACGAUGGUAUGGGAGUCUGGUGGCCAUUUUGUUACUUCCUUCCAUUGUUAUAGUCCUAUACUCAGUGGUAUCUAUUCCUGUAUCUAAAGUAAAAUUAAGACUGAUCCCAAAUGAAGUCCAGACCAAAAGUGUUGAUAAGAUAUUCAUCAAUCAAAACAAUCAGUUAGUCAAUCUGACAGAAAUCCGUCAAUUUCGUUACAAAAGUCUACUGUCCUCCUGCGAACAGUUAAAAAGCAAAGGUUUGGUACAGAACAGCAUUACAAAGAAAUCCUUAUCUCACAUUAUAGUAGAUGACCGCUACAAAGUAUUAUUUUGCUACAUACCAAAAGUUGCCUGUACAAAUCUUAAGAGAGUAUUUUUAUUAUUAACGGGGAAAAUGAACGCUACUGAUCCUAUGGCAUUAAAGGCUGCAGACGUCCAUUUAACAUACGACAAGUAUCUCACUUAUUUAGAUAGUUUUACAGAGGAUGAAGUGCAGUUUAAAUUACAAAAUUACAAGAAAAUUAUCAUGGUUAGGGAACCCUUUGAGAGACUCCUUUCAGCAUACAGAAACAAAUUCACAGAAAAGAGUCCAUAUUUUCAUAAACGGUUUGGUCGAAAAAUUAUUCGAAGGUACAGAAAUAAUCCAAGACAGGAAGAUAUAGAGUUAGGAAAGAACGCCAAAUUUGAUGAAUUUGUAAGGUACAUAACAGAUCCAGUUACUAUAGAAACAGAAGGUUUAAAUGAACAUUGGGACCUUUAUUCAUCUCUAUGCCAACCAUGCUUAAUCAAUUAUGAUUUUGUUGGUAAAUAUGAAACCCUUGACGAUGAUAUAGAUUAUAUCAUGCAUGAUUUAGGAAUUGAUACAUUUAUACAAUUUCCAAAACGAGGUGCUGCAUAUAAAAAGAAAAGAACUAAAGACACCUUUGAACAAUUUUAUAGCAAUAUAUCAAAAAUUGAUCUAGGGAAACUUUGGAAAACUUAUAGACAAGAUUACAAAUUAUUUUCAUAUGCAUACCCAGAUAUAAUCAAAGCAGCUGAUGAUUUUUAAAGUUGUCUU